AUGCUCUAUCCAAUACCGAUAUAUUUAUUGUCAAAGAUAGUAGAUCAAGCAUUACCUUUUAUAUUGCAAGUUUUACUGAUAAUACUACCAAAUUUUAUAGAAAGAAUUGACCAAAAAUAUUUAUCAAGAUUUAUGACAUUAUUGUUUAGUAAAUUCAUAAUAAAAAAUUCUAAAAUAACUCCCAAGCACAGAUGGCUUUGUACUAAAAAUGGAAUUCUGAAAACAAAUUCAAAUCAAGUAUCAAGACUUUCUGUUAGAUUUAAUGACAGUCCACCUAAACUUUAUUUAUUUAAUAAGUCUUUACAAGAACAAGUUCCUGUUUUACAAGUAGCCGGUCCAAGUAAAGGUAGAUAUAGCAGAGCAGAAUUAGAAGAACACAGAGAAUUCAUGUUAACAAAGAUUCGUAUAGCAGUAAGGAAAAAAAAAUGGAGAAGUGUUAAAAGAUUGAUUAGAGCAGUUUUUAAAACUUUUAAAAAUUAUUAG